ACAUGCAACAGAUGUUAUGGAGACCCAGGGAUGGAAAUCUAUGAUACAGUCACAUCCACAUCUAAUUGCCGAAGCUUUUAGGGCAUUGGCUACUCAGCAAAUUCCACCUAUCGGACCUCCACGUAAAAGGAUAAAAGCCAGUCCCUGAGUCUGGAUGGUUUUUCUUCCAGAUUCCCAUAAGUAGACUUGGCCAUUACCCCCAACACCCCUGGCCACACAUUCACACUUGAUUUAACAUGAUUGGCUAUAUUGUCCUGUGUAAAAUGCACCAAGAGAAAAAUAGCAUUGUGGAUCAGUGUUGUGAAACUACUUGCACUAAUUUGUGAGUGGUGUUAAAAGCCAAGCUGUGUUCCAGGCCAUGAGAAGACAAGUGUGUGAUGGUGGGGCCUGGUAGGGGGAACCAGGCCUCAUCCCACCAGUCAACAGAGUACAAUCAGGGGACGAGAAGUCCCUGCCCACUCAGGUUGGUAGGGCUGCAGUCCCUCCUCUACUGCGCCCAGUUGCUCCUGCCCCCCACUAAAAAGUCCACCAAAUGAUCUCAUUGGGGCUUGUCCUGCACACAAUUUCUUUUCAAAGCCACAGACUGAGUGUGCAGGCACCGGACUCGGAAGUGCAUGUGUAUCUUUGUGUAGAUAUCUGUGAUUUAGCAAGUGAUGGCCCAGAACAUUGGACUCUUGCUGAGUCUUGGACCUUCCACUCAUUACUUUGCUAAUUGUUGUUGUUGUUACGUGUGGCACUCUCUCGUCUUUCAAGCUAGCAAGCCAGGCUAAUAUUUGAAAAAGGUAAUACAGGCAUUUCAGGGAGGAAAAAAUAAAAGAAAAGCAAUCAGGAGCCUUUGUUUUAUUUUAUUUUAUUGGUGAUGCCAAAGUAGCACCUUUUUGAGGGUUUGAUUUCCUCCCUCUUGGUCAUUGUCCUGUUGAAUAGUUAAAAGUAUUCAUCUCCUGUGUUAUGGAGGAUAUUAAAUUCUUUAUAUUUUACAGGAGGAACUAUAUGGAAAUCUUAAACAUCUGUCUUAUGAAAACUCGUCUGCAAUGUACAACUUUUAAAUUAAAAUGAGUUUUUGUAGUCAGAUGCAGCAGACAAAGUAUACUUCUGAUUGAGAAAUUUGUUAAAAGAAAGACAAACCUGUAGUGUACAGUUACUUUAAAGUGUGAUGUCUGAUUCCACCGAUUCAGCUCAGGCUGAUUUAUAUUUACAUAUACAGUAUGUUAAAAUAGCAUCCUUAAGCUUCACAGGGUAUUCUCAGUCAUUAACAUGGAGUCUGUUUAAAAAGAAUGUUACGACGUGUACUGAAAAAUGAUUGUGUAGAUGGUAAUACUUGAAUCUGGGAACAUUUUGAAUGAAAUGAAACCUUAAGUGGAUGGUGUAAAUGAAAAUACUGUACUGUAUUGAAAAUUUAAGAUUUGUAACAAGAUUUUAUAUCUUUAAUGUUUCAUUGUAACGUCAAGAAUUUGUGAGCUGUGUUAAUCUGUGAAGAGCAGGCAGUGAACAAUUUGUGCCAUGGUGUAGCUUAUGAGAACAACCCACCCAGACCAGCUAGAAUAUAAAGUCUGUCAUUUAGUCUGUCCUAAUUUCUUAAAAUACCUGUGUAAUAAAUGCUAGCUAGGCCACAAAAUACCAGUUUAAAAUCUCCAAAGAAGGUUUCACAAGCUGAAUUGACAGCUUUGAUCUACACUAAGAAUCCCAGUUGAUUCAUCUGCUGCCGUGCCAUGCUAUCCACCCAGCAUCAGUGUACUCAUGUUAGGAUGUGUCUAUUCAUGUUAAAUUUCUGCCAGGUAUACCUCUUGUUACCAUGAGUUCUAAUCUGUUUGAUUAUUACUCAUGGUUUGCUCAUUCUGAGGCUCUCCUCUCAGACUAGUUGCUUUAUGCUGAAAUUGGUGGUCAACAGUGUACAGUGUUGCUGCAGCAGCCUGCAGUAUAUAAUUAUUGGGCAUCACUAGUGAUAACAGAAUUGUUGACCACCAAGUUAUCAGCUAUAGUCAUCCACAAUCAUUCCUGUUGUAGAAAAUCAAACUCUUAAGCAAACUACAAGUUUGGUAACAAUAGUCAUGCAACAGUUCAAAUAUAUAUGUUAAUUUAUGUAUUUUCUAGUACAAAGUGAAUGUCUUCUCAUCUUCAGUUUUCUUUUUUAUUCACACUUCAGUAACUUUUUAGAAAUAUUUGGACACCAUUGUUUUGUCUUAAUUUUCAUUGAUGCUGAAUUGGUAAUUUUAGUUUCAUGGAAAGGGCUGAACCCAUGAGGGUUAUAAGAAAUCCUUUAAUUAGUUACUUGUCAUUAUACAGGUGUCCAGAAUUUUCUGUUAUUACAUGGGAAUCUGUAGUCAUUUCUUGCCAGCAAAUCAGAUUAUCAGUAGGUCACGUAUUUGCCAAUUAUCACUACAUUUGUGGGGAGUGUUAAUUAUUAUUAUUAUUAUAAUCAAAAAGAAGUGCUAGGCCACAAGGACUAUACAGCUGGGGAGUGUUAAGUUGUGCAUUUAUAGUGCUUAGUGGAAAGGGAAUUAAAAAUCAAAGUGUUGUGACAAUUGGUCACAACACUUUCCUAUUGUGUAAAGUAUUUUUUUUUUGGGGGGGGGGGGUCAUUUCAGAAGAAAAAACUGGUUAAGAACUGACUUUGGCAUUACCUUGGAAUAUUUUGAAAUUAGACAUUUUAUUCAUACCCCAAAAUUGGGGAGGUUCUCAUAAAAUUUGUUAUCAAAGUGGUGGAGGCAUGGUGGCUGGUCUGGGCUGGCUCUUAGUGUGUCGGCGCCCGGGUAUGACAAAAGUGUCUGCCGCCACACUGGUCCUGCUGGUCAUGUGAUGGUAGGCUCUGUGAGUCUCUACCUCUGUACUCUUACACUCAACAACUCUCAAUGAACCAAUAAAGUUGGUUAAAUAAAA